CGCGCGUCAGAUUACUGUGAACAUUCGUUCCUUGUCCGCAACUAUAAUUUGCAGUAUUUCAAUUAAUCUAAAGAUCAAAGAUCCAUCCAGAUCAAUAAGUCAUUCGCUUGGUUGGAGCCGUGCAAAAAACUAUGUCGAGCCCAGAUCAAUACAACAACAACAUCCUAGAUCUCAACGAUGAUUGCUUCUAUCAUAUCUACGAAUUCUUGCCAAUACUUGAUUGGUGUUCUCUACGCGACACAUGCACCCGCUUCCGCACAAUUGCUGAUUAUUCAUUUGAGAGACGAAGUGAAACAUUCGAGUUGACAAAAAUAGACAGUUCGCGCAAAUUGGUCAUCUCAGAAGUGCAACGUGUUCUAAGAUGUUUCGGCACAUUCAUGAAAAAAUUGUCGAUCAAUAAAGACCAUUUUGGUUGGCGUGCGAAUUGUACAGAAUUGAUGCCGUAUCUCGAUCGCUAUUGCCAGUCGUUACUCGACCUGGAAAUUGUCAGGGUCGUUUUCAAUCAGGCGACGAUCAAACAAUGCAACAGACUGUUUUCGAACUUACAUCGAUUGGUGAUAAAUAAUAGAUAUCUCGGCGAAGAAGCUUUGUCUGAUUGCUUGGCUAAGUGCACAUCAUUGACAAAAUUGGAACUUAUUGGCUUGUCUGGCACAUAUGGAAAUAGUUUAGCACACACUCGCAUCGAAUCGUUAAAAUCAUUUGAGAUGAAUCGCUGUUCUGAUCUCAGCUAUGAAGCGGUCAAUAGAUUUCUUACCAUAAACUGUCAACUGACGCAAGUCAAAUUAAUUGAUGUACGAUUUCUGCAUUGUCACGAUUCGGACACCAUCCUCGACGAUGUCGCCAAUAAGUUGCCGAAAUUGGAGACUCUGAGUUUGCGCUUCAACAGAACUUUCAAGCCGAACAUUUUAUCUGUGACAGGAAUGACUUCGCUCAAGAAACUCGAAGCUGAUGUAGAGCGCGUCGCCGAUAACAUUGUGAAUCAACUGCUAAGUGGCCUGGCCGUUCACAAGAGCAUCGAAGAUCUUCAUUUGGAGCAGUUCAAAUGUACUGACGAGUCGAUCGGACUGUUGACUUCAUUGAAAACUUUGAAAAUACUGAAGCUCACAAAAACGAAUCGAUUGGAUGGGAACCAAUGUAAGAGAUUAGCAUCCGGAUUGGCUGGCCUAGACGAGAUUCAUGUUUUUGAAUGCAAAGACACUUCGUUCAAUGACGUCAAAGAAUUCGUUGUACAUAUCCCGAAUUUAAGGAGAAUUGUAUUCAAUCGUGCUAAAGAACAACGUGGACCAUCAAUUGUGCCAGAAAUGUUUUGCUCGUUGGUGGUAAUUAGGAAAUGCCAAGUAGCGAAGAAAAUUUUAUCGAUUUGUCUGAACGAUAACGACUUGCGUCAAAUCCAAAAUGAAUUCAAAUCGACUGGAAUGGGAGACACCAUUGCUGAGCAUGUACACGUUGUGAAGUUGUUACCGUUGGAUGAACAGCAUCGGAGGACCGUAUCCGAGGACGGGAGUGAUGAUUUAUUAACCUUUAGUGAACAUGACUCUAGUUUCGAAAGAGUAGGUAUUUGCGGAGAAUUCUGGUGUGCAACAGGUCUAAGUGAUACCAACUAUAAGCAUAAUUUUUAACGCAGACCGAGGCCAUGUUACGUGUAUGACAACAAUUUUUGAAAUAAAAUUCUAC